AUGGUCUCAUUCUCCCCUUACAAAUUAUCAGCCGGCCUGGCAAAGGCAACCGGCAUCCACAGGGUUUUUGGCAGUCGGGUCUCCAAGCCCGCUCCCAUCUCACCUCGGAGUAGUCCCAGCCGGAGGGCUGCAACCUGGCUGCCCACUCCCAGGUCCAACCCGUCUCCAACGGGAGCACUCAUUUCCCCAGAGAGCAGCCGCAAAAUCAAGGAAGAGGAUAUCGAUGAGCUGUCCAACGACUAUGAACCUUUGGACAACGACGUUUUUGAAGAAGACGAGGUCCUCCAGAUUAUCAGGGGCGAUAUGGAGGAGAGGGUCAUCGGCCAACGUCGAGUUAUCGGCCACGGAGCUGAAGCCUCGAACUUAUCCCCUGCUGCUGGAGACGAGCUCUCUGGCGAUGAACUGAAUUACGACUUUGAUAAUGAAUAUGAUGAAGACGAUGACGACAGCAUCACUGAGAUGGCAAGCGUCGUGCUGGGAGGUGCAGUAGGCAUUGACUACGAGGACCAGCUUCUGGACAGUAUCGAGGAGGAUGACGAAGAUGAGACAGAGUCAGAGUUUGAUUCUGAUGAGGGUGACGAUGUCGAAGAGCCCGACUAUAGCUGGCCAGUGGAUGAGAAGACAGAUGAGGGCUACAAGGAGACAUUGACGGAUGUUCCUGGAUACGACAAUUGGCCCGUUCAGAUGCAACGACUGCACAAGCUCAUGUCACUCAAGGGCAAGCACCCCUUGAUGCCUUUGAGCUGGGCACGAGACCUUGUUGAUAAUCCAGUCUGGCCGGAUCUAUUUGCACCUCAAGAUUCCGACAAAGCCGUAUUGUUGCACAACAAUUCCAGCCAGUUUAGAGCUACGAAAGCGCUCAGAGCCCUGUUUGAGUUGCAAGGCCGUAUUCGCGGCUAUCGUGCGAUCAGACGUCCCGAUUUGACAGGCAGGACAAUCGAGAGAGAGCUACGCAGGUACAUGAAGUGGGCCUGGAAGGAUGCUGGGCUGGACCGUCAUGACCUUGAGAUGAACAUUCGCAUCUUAAGAUACAAUGCCAACGCGGCUCCAUCAAGCGUAGCUCAGGAUGUGAACAGGCGACUCAAGAGCUGGGCGAAAGAAUAUCGCCGAAACAACAGGGAGAGAGGAAUUCGGCACUACCCACGUGUACUAUACGCGUUUGCUAUCAUCCAGCACACGGUGAGCAUCUUGACUAUCGAUGCGAGGGAGCGAAGCCCGAACCCCAUUGUCUUUGAUGACUACGACUUUUCAGUUGUUCAGGGGUGGCUGGAUUCUGGCCUCGGCGUAGCUAUUCCGAUCAACUACGCUAGGGAGGCUCUCGUGGCAUAUAGAGAUCAUUUCGGCGAGGUUCAGGGAGAAGCAAGUGAUGAUCCGGAUGCUUAA